GCGCUCGGCUGUGCGCGUUGCCGCCCCGACAUGAAGACCGUGCUGAUGGUCGCGGAGAAGCCCUCGCUGGCGCAGUCCAUCGCCAAGAUCCUCUCACGGGGAAACAUGUCCUCUCGCAAAGGGCUGAAUGGUGCGUGCUCUGUGCAUGAGUACGCUGGAUCAUUUGUGGGACAGAGUGCCCAUUUCAAGAUGACAUCCGUGUGCGGCCACGUGAUGACUUUGGAUUUCAUAGGAAAAUACAACAGCUGGGACAAAGUGGAUCCAGCAGAACUUUUUAGUAAAGCCCCUACAGAAAAGAAAGAAGCAAAUCCCAAACUGACCAUGGUGAAAUUUUUACAGGUGGAAGGAAGAGGCUGUGAUUAUAUUGUCUUGUGGUUGGAUUGCGAUAAAGAAGGAGAAAACAUCUGUUUUGAAGUUCUCGAUGCUGUUCUUCCUGUUAUGAACAAACCUCGUAGCACUGAACGAACCGUGUAUAGAGCUAAAUUCAGCUCUAUCACUGACACAGACAUCUGCAAUGCCAUGAAUCACUUGGGAGAACCCAAUCGCAAUGAGGCGCUCUCAGUGGAUGCCCGCCAGGAGCUGGAUCUUAGAAUUGGCUGUGCGUUUACAAGGUUUCAAACUAAAUAUUUCCAGGGGAAAUACGGAAAUCUAGACAGCUCCCUCAUCUCCUUUGGGCCAUGUCAGACUCCAACUCUUGGAUUCUGUGUUGAAAGACAUGACAAAAUCCAGUCAUUUAAGCCUGAGACUUACUGGGUGCUGCAAGCUAAAGUGAACCCUGAAAAAGAAAAUUCUCUCACUUUGGAUUGGGAUAGAGUGAGGGUUUUUGAUCGCGAGGUUGCUCAAAUGUUCCUAAAUAUAACAAAGAUGGAAAAAGAAGCAAAGGUAGAAUCUGUGAGUAAAAAAGAGAAGGUGAAGCAGAGACCACUGGCUCUGAACACGGUAGAAAUGCUACGAGUGGCCAGUGCUGCUUUAGGAAUGGGUCCCCAACAUGCCAUGCAAAUAGCAGAACGUCUCUACACUCAGGGUUAUAUUAGCUACCCUCGAACAGAAACUACCCAUUAUCCAGAAAACUUUGACUUGAAAGGAUGUUUGAGACAACAAGCUAAUAAUCCUUAUUGGGCAGAAACUGUAAAAGCUUUGCUCUCAGAAGGUAUUAAUCGCCCGAGGAAGGGCCAUGAUGCAGGUGACCAUCCUCCCAUCACACCCAUGAGAGCUGCAACAGAAGCAGAAUUAGGUGGAGAUGGAUGGCGACUAUAUGAGUAUAUAACUAGACAUUUCAUUGCCACUGUCAGUGCUGAUUGCAAGUACCUACAAACGACCAUUUCUUUCAGUAUUGGUCCUGAACGUUUUACCUGUAUUGGAAAAGUGGUAACUUCACCAGGCUUCACAGAAAUUAUGCCUUGGCACAGCAUCCCCUUAGAGGAGAGCCUUCCCCAUUGUGAGAGAGGAGAUGUCUUUCCAAUUGGUGAAAUAAAACUGCUGGAAAAACAAACCAGUCCACCUGAUUACCUGACUGAAGCAGAACUUAUCACUCUGAUGGAAAAGCAUGGCAUUGGAACUGAUGCAAGUAUUCCCGUCCACAUUAACAACAUUUGCCAGCGAAACUAUGUCACAGUGGAGAGUGGUCGGAGACUAAAGCCCACAAACCUUGGCAUCGUUCUGGUUCACGGCUAUUACAAAAUAGAUGCAGAAUUGGUUCUUCCUACAAUCCGCAGCGCUGUAGAGAAGCAGCUCAACUUAAUAGCUCUGGGUAAAGCAAAUUAUCACCAGGUCCUGGAGCAUACUCUUGACAUCUUCAAAAGGAAAUUCCACUACUUUGUGGAUUCUAUUGCGGGUAUGGAUGAGCUGAUGGAGGUGUCUUUUUCACCUUUAGCUGCCACGGGCAAGCCCCUUUCCCGCUGUGGCAAAUGCCAUCGUUUUAUGAAGUAUAUUCAGGCCAAGCCAAGUCGGCUGCAUUGCUCUCACUGUGAUGACACCUACAGUCUCCCACAGAAUGGUACCAUUAAGCUCUACAAAGAGUUGCGUUGUCCCCUGGAUGACUUUGAGCUAGUGUUGUGGUCAUCUGGAUCCAGAGGAAAGAGCUACCCACUCUGUCCAUACUGCUACAACCACCCUCCCUUCAGGGACAUGAAAAAAGGAAUGGGCUGUAACGAAUGCACCCACCCCACGUGCCAGCACUCGCUGAGCAUGCUCGGCAUCGGGCAGUGCGUGGAGUGCGACAACGGCGUCCUGGUGCUGGACUCGACAUCGGGGCCCAAGUGGAAGAUGGCCUGCAACAAGUGCAACGUGGUGGUGCACUUCUUCGAGAACGCCCACAAGGUGCGGGUGUCGCCCGAGACCUGCGACUCGUGCGACGCCGCCCUCGUGGACGUGGAUUUUAACAAAGCCAAGUCUCCCCUGCCYGGCGACGAGACCCAGCACUCGGGCUGCGUCUUCUGCGACCCCGUGUUUCAGGAUCUGGUGGAGCUGAAGCACGCGGCCAUGCGGCACCCCAUGCACCGCGGGGGCCAGGGGAAGAGGCAAGGCCGGGGCCGAGGGAAAGGCCGCAGGCCGGGGGGAAGGCCCAAUCCAAAGAAGCCCAAGGACAAAAUGGCAGCUCUGGCUGCUUAUUUUGUAUAAUGGCCACAAAAU